GUUAAAGAAAAAAAAAGAAAGGAAAAAAAAAAAGAAAGAAAUACAUAGAUACAUAAACAUUUCUGUGUACGUAAAUGGCUUCGUCACAGCUCGUACGUUUCAUCCAAGGACAUUGUCGAGUUAUUACAGUACAUUUCUCGUGGAAGAGCUAAACGCAAACAGUGACUAUUUCUCCAAAUAAAUCUUCUCGAUAAUCGAAAAAAAAAUCCAGUCAAAUAGAUAUCGAUCGAUUCCGUGUAUUUACAUAUAUCUCCCUUUUAUCCUUUAACAGUUUAUGCAAACAUCGUUUCUGGCAAACACAUUCUGUUUUAUACAUUCUUUUUUUUCUGUCACUUUUAUUUUUAUUUUUUUUUUCUCCUCCCCAUUUUAUAUGCCUAGUAUCGCCUAAUUAAAAUUGACUAUUUUUAUAUUCAUCGAUAAGAUUGAUAUCAUGUAAUCUCAUAAAUAGAUAAAGGAUGUCUGUCUUAUAAUACAAUAUGAACAUAAACGAGAUAACCUUGUUCAUUCUCAUUAUUAUCUUCGUUGUAUUCUAAUUUUUGGUAUUCGUUGAAUUUGAAAAAAAAAAAAAAGAAAAAAAGAAAAAGAAAAGAAAAAGGAAAAAGAAAAGAAUAGAAGAAAAAAAGGUUGUAAUGAAAGAACAAUUUUAAAUACGAAGAGAGAAAAGUUCGUAAGAGUAGAUACGCCUUCAAAGAAGUUUCGUCGAAAAAUAAAAAAAACUGGCCAGGGUUUCUGCGAAGUCUGGUUACUCCCACCGCUACAGUUAGUCCAAUCCUCCCCCGUAAGCGAGAAUGUUCUAAGCGCAGAUGCAAGAGCUCGGAAAGAAACGAUCUGGUCGACACGAUGACGACGACGACGACGACGACGACGACGACGACGAUAACGACGAUGACGGUGUGUUGAACACAUCGAGCUAAAGGAUUAUCAGUUGUUGAGAUGUCUUCGAUACGAACGGGCUUCCUCUUAGGUCUUCGUACAGUAAGAGAACCCUCACUUGCAGAAUCAAAAUCUUCCGAGUGUGACGUAAAGAGGCUGAAAAAGAAAAAUAAUUAAAGAAAUAAAUACAGAGCUCUUCGUUAUUCGAUAACUCGAUGACUAAGACGACAACUUUUCGAAGGAUUACGAGGUAUCCUUUAAAGGAUAUUAUUGAGUAGGACUCUGUGAAAGGAAAAGAUUUUUAAAAGUGUCGUUUAACAUGAUAAAAAGAGACCAGAACUUUUUAUCAACGAAAAGUGAACCGUCUCGAGCACGAAUCGAUAACAACACGGCUUCCCGCCAGUUGAAAGCUUCCAAAGUCUGAUCGAAUUACAACACAUUGACCAUUAUCGUCCCAGCAGGACGACAAGAUCAUCAACGAAAGGACGAUAAAUAUUAGGAUGAUAACUUGUUGGGUCCUAGCCGGUAUCCUCGGUGCCGUCAUACUCCUUCAUCUCCUCGUCGAGGUUCAUUAUUUCCUACGUAUGUUCCUCACGGUUUUCCUUGCGAGAUUCUGUAAAAAGAAAAUUCAUAUACUUGAUGAGGCAUCGGUCUAUGGUAUUUGUACUACGACCGAUGUAGACACUCUUCUCUAUCACAUGAACAAUGCAAGAUAUUUGAGAGAAUUGGACUUUGCUCGAGCUGAUUUUUACGAGCGAACUGGUCUUUAUCGUGAAAUUUGUUCUCAAGGAUCUGGUGUCGUUCAAGGAGCAGCAACGAUACGUUAUCGGCGAUUUCUCAAACCUUUAACUAUUUAUAAGAUAACUUCGAAGAUCAUUUAUUGGGACGAAAAAACGAUUUUUAUGGAACAUCGUUUUGUUACGCCGAGUGAUGGAUUUAUCCGAGCUAUAGCUAUCUGCAGGCAAAGACUUUUAGACUGCAGUGCAGAGACGGUUAUGGGUACUCUCGUUGAUCGAGGUGUUAAACAAAAUGGUAACGUCGAGGCAGGUGUUACACAGAUAACUCACGUGAGGCCAGAGAUACCACCAGAAGUAGCAAGAUGGUUAGAAAGUAAUGAAAUUUCCUCUGCGAUUCUUCGACAAUCAAUUAUACCUACAAUGAAUACUACAACAACAGCAACCACGACGACGACAACAACAACAACAACAACAACAACAACAACAACAACAACAAUAACACCUUCGAAUUGCUGACAAAACGAAAACGCGACGAAUGGUGUCGCAGAAACGACGAUCUACGUAACUACUACCGUCUAAAUAUACGAUACGCGAGAACAUGAAAAGCACCGUGUUUAUAUGUAUGUUCAUUCAGAAUAAUAUUUCCAAGUGCACCGAUCAUUCUUUGUUUGUUGAUAAUUUAAAGAAGAUCUGAGAUUCUUCCUUUAUGUAUAUAUAUAUCUUCCUAUAUAUAUAUAUAUAUAUAUAUAUAUAUAUAUAUAUAUAUAUAUAUAUAUAUCUUCCUACAUAUAUAUAUAUAUAUUUCUCAUACGAUUUUUUGUUCUACGUAAAUGUAUUAUAUACAAUAUCUACUUAUAUAUAUGUAUAUGUAGAGAAAAAUAUAACAACGCGGUGCUUUUAAGAUGACUGCUCAGGGCUAUUAUUUGAUGACCGAGAACAAAUAUUUACACGUAGACAUCUAACAAUAAGAUUUAUUCUUAUCGUCGCUUCAAGUUUAAAAAGAAAAUGUAAAAAAAGAAAGAUACGUUUCGCGAUGUCGAAUUAACAAGGGGAUAAGAAAAAAAAAGAAAAGAAAAGACUAGUUCUAUAAACAAAAAAAUGAAGCACGAUGCGAGAAAUUGCGUGCAACUAAUAUAAUAUAAUACAUAUGUAUGUAUAUAUAUUGUAUGUAUGUGCUAUGUUUCUCUUAGAAACUUAAACUAUAAAAAUUAUUAGAUACUUAUACUCUGAUUAUAUACAGGGUAUAUUAAAUUUGACCUAAUCACGCGAAAUAUUUCUGAGUGAAUUAAAGAUUUUAUCGAUGAACAAAGAAAUUAUCGAUGUUAUCUUUUUUCUUUUUUCUUUUUUUAUGAAUCAAUGCACUUUUAUUAUCAAUUAUGACUUAUAGAAAGAAAAAUUUAAUGAUAUAAAUUUGUUGCUCUCUAUUAAUGAAAUAAUAUCUUAUCAGGAUAUUAUUUCGUAUCAUCGAAAAUAACAGCUUAAAUUACAUCAAAUAUCUUGUAUGAAUAUGUAAAUGUAGUGAUUUAGAAAUUCAUAUACGAGCUGGUGAUUAUGAAAGUGGCUUAAGUCUUACACACACACACACACACAUACAUCUAUAUAUGUUUUUGAUGCUUAUGCAUUAUUAUAACGUAGAUCAAUAAAAUAAAUGAUAAAUUGAAUUAUUCCAAACUUUAGAUUUAGCCCAUUUUUAUGAAUACUGCUCAUAUAUAUACAUAUAUAUAUAUAUAUAUAUAUAUAUAUAUAUUUAUAUAUGUAGAUACAUAACAAUAUAUGAUCUUAUUUAUGACGAGAAGAAAAAAUUUUUACACAACAAUUUUACAAAUGCUCAUUAAUUUAAAUCGAAUUUAUACAUUAUUAAAUAUGGAUUGAUUAUUAUAUAAAUUAAUUAGUCUUUCUUUUUUUUUUCUUAUUAAAAUAAGAAUUAAUCUUUUCGCUCUAAACGGUGUAGAUAUGUAUAUAAUAUUAAAAUUUUAUUUCAUACUAAACACCAAAUGUCAUAAAAAAUUGACAAUUAUGAAAUAAUAUCAUACUUUGGUCACGAAAUCACACGAAAUUUUAAUACUAAACAAGUUUUCAUUUUUAAAUGUUUUUAUAUUUUUUUUUUUUAUCUUGUAAUUCUAAAAAUAUAAUAUUUCUAAGAGAAAUGUAAAAUAAAAAUAUAACGCGCGUAUUGUUUUCAAAGAAUAAUCUUUUUUAUUGUAAUAAAGUAUAUCACUAAACUUAUAAAAUAUAAAAAUCAAGCACCGUAAACUUUUUGUACACAAACACCAAGAGCGAAAGAUCAAUUUGCAAAACAAUAUUUAUCCAAGAUAACACAUGAGUUUAUAUAAUGUAAUUGAAAUUUCUAUUAAUUGUUGAUUAAUUUCUCUUAACGAUAAAAGAAAAGUCUGAAAAAGACAUUUUUUUUUUUAGAUUUCAUUGAAUCAAACAGACGAGAAUAUCUUCGUUUUUUUUUUUUUUUUUUAUUGCGUCACACUGAGAGGUCAUAAAAAUAGUUCUAAAUUAUCAUCUAAUUAUAUUUAUGGAAUGAAUGAAUUUCUAUAUUAGCACAAUCGACGACAAGUUGAAAUUUAUAGUUCGUUUAGAUAAAUAAAGAAAGAAAGUAAUAUAAAAUCAAAAAAAGAAAAACAAAAAAAAAAAAACAAAAAACAAAAAAAUAAUAGCGAGUAGCAAAAUACGCUUUGUUAUUAUAUAUCUAGAUUGUUCUGUAAUAAAAUUAUUACUACGUUGUGAAUAUGUUCUCGAUGUUAUUGUCGUCCAAAAAAUAUUAGAAAAUAAAGAAUUUACAGAAAUCAA